AUGGAAGGGAAACUGGUGCAAGCGGUCACGGAGAAGAAGCCCGUCCCUGAGAUUGACUUCACCCUCCAUACUAUGGAAGAUGGCACGCAGGUAUCCACACAGGAGCGUGUCUGCAAGGAGGUGCAAGCCCCGGCUUUCAACACACCUUCGAACGAACAAUUUUGGUCCAGCGAAGAUCCCACCAAGCCAGACCUGAAGUUCCUCAAGCAGCACUUCUUCCGUGAAGGUCGUCUCACGGAGGAGCAGGCACUAUGGAUCAUCAAUACUGGGGCAUCAAUCCUCAGGUCAGAGCCGAACUUGCUGGAGAUGGAUGCUCCCAUUACAGUGUGUGGUGAUGUUCACGGACAAUACUAUGAUUUGAUGAAGCUGUUCGAGGUGGGAGGAGACCCUUCGGAGACACGAUAUCUCUUCCUUGGAGACUACGUUGACCGAGGCUAUUUCAGUAUUGAGUGUGUUCUGUACCUAUGGACUCUAAAAAUUUGGUACCCCAACAGUCUUUGGUUGCUACGUGGAAACCACGAAUGUCGCCAUCUCACAGAUUACUUUACCUUCAAGCUGGAGUGCAAACACAAGUACUCCGAGAGAGUCUACGAUGCCUGCACAGAUUCAUUCUGCGCCUUGCCUCUGGCUGCAAUUAUGAACAAACAGUUCCUCUGUAUCCAUGGUGGCUUGAGUCCUGAGCUGCAUACAUUGGAGGAUUUGAAAACAAUUGACCGUUUCCGGGAGCCACCAACCUAUGGGCUGAUGUGCGAUAUUCUUUGGGCCGACCCUCUGGAAGACUUUGGUCAAGAGAAAACGGGUGAACACUUCAUCCACAACAAUGUCCGAGGAUGUUCAUAUUUCUUUUCCUAUCAUGCUGCUUGCGCAUUUCUAGAGAAGAAUAACCUUCUAUCCAUCAUUCGAGCCCACGAGGCUCAAGAUGCCGGGUACAGAAUGUACCGCAAGACCCGAACGACCGGAUUCCCAAGUGUUAUGACCAUCUUUAGUGCGCCCAAUUACCUUGAUGUCUACAACAACAAGGCUGCGGUCCUCAAGUAUGAAAACAACGUCAUGAACAUCCGCCAGUUUAACUGCUCACCACAUCCUUACUGGCUCCCCAACUUCAUGGACGUCUUUACCUGGUCACUACCGUUCGUUGGAGAGAAAAUUACGGAUAUGCUCAUUGCCAUUCUUAACACUUGCUCUAAGGAAGAACUCGAGGAAGAGACUCCCCUGUCAGCAUCCGAAGCUCCACCCUCGCCAACUCUUCCAUCAACAGACCCCGAAAGUACCGAGUUCAAACGACGUGCCAUCAAAAACAAAAUCCUUGCUAUCGGUCGUCUAUCCCGUGUAUUCCAAGUUCUCCGAGAAGAGUCCGAGCGGGUUACUGAGCUUAAAACUGCUACUGGCGGACGUUUGCCAGCAGGAACGCUCAUGCUUGGCGCCGAAGGUAUUAAGCAAGCUAUCCACAACUUUGAGGACGCUCGAAAGGUCGAUUUGCAGAACGAACGACUACCACCGACCCAUGAAGAAGUCACUAAGCGUGCCGAAGAGGAUCGACGACAAGCGCUGGAACGUGCUGCCCAAGAGGCGGCUAACGACACGCAUCUAACAAACGUAGCCCGAAGAAUCAGCAUGUAA